AUGGCUGCAGCGUUGCGGGCCCAGAUGUGUCAGUUCUCCCAUUUUAACCAGUGGCAAGAAGCCAUCUGCCUCCUCACAUCAUCAUUAGCGUUGUCGUCUUCAGAAGCGGAGAAUGUAGGAACAGGAAUCCCUUCUACGACACACACAGCAUGUGAAUUCCUCAUCGCCGCUUUGCUGUACAAUGGUCACGGAGAAAGCGCCUUCGCCGUCUGGCGCUCUCUCUCUGCCGCAUUUAACUUUGCCCCAUCCCAGAUGUUGAUGAUGAAGUUAGCGGUUUAUACACUUCUUAUGGAUGGCCAAACCCAGGAGGCCCUUGACCUUUCGGCCAUGGCAUCGUUCUCAGUUGAAAAUAAGGAUAUGGAUAACAAGCUGUCCUUGGAGCAUUUUGAGUUGUGGACGGCCUUCUACGCUGCGCUUCUCUCCACCAAGGGGGCAGAGCCGACUGGACCAAAUGCUGAGAUUGAGGGAAAAGUGAAAGAGAUGCUGUUCCGCUUACUGCGCCUGGUAGAGCGCUCCUCAGACGGUAAGGCAACACAGUCAUCACUUGAAAAGCUUCAGCUUACCCUGCAUGCUGUCUUCUCGUUGAUGUCGGUUGGGUAUGGAGAGGAGCUGCUACAUAAGAUUAUUGCCGCAUCAUCUAACGAGAGAAACAAUACUGAUAUUGACAGCCUCCUUUGCGUAGCGGAGUUAAUAUUCUUUGGUCAUGGCAAAGCCGGGGUUUCUGGGUUUUUUUCACCAACUGUCUUGCCAUUUCUCCUUACGCAUUUGUUUCCCGUGCCAUUGGCGUGCUCCUUACGGGAGUGCACCCCAAUACUGUCGGGAUUGGUAACGUACCAGAGUUUCUUCAGUGGCAUUGAUGGUGAUCUUUCGUCGCAUGUUGUUGAGGGUUCAUCCCCGCCCAUUGUUAUCCACACAACGUUGGGAAACAUGUUUUUGCUGCGGCUGCAGAAUCAUGAUCUCUUGAAGCCGUUCCUCCACUCUGUCGUUUCGUAUGAUUUGGCCGCGAUGAAUGCAUCACUUAUGACUCAUGUUCUGGAGUCCAUUUUGUGGACCGAGGCAACUGAUGUGUUGGGCUGCGCCGUUGGGCAACAGCUCCUUUCUGUUGUGGAGGGGGCACUGAGCGAUGACAUUGGGAGUGGGACGCGUCACUUGCUUGCUAUGAAGUAUGUCUCAUGCGUACUCACUCCUUUUGUUAAUUCCAAGUCACCACGGCGACAAACUGGCAUCCGCAACGGUGGUGACAACAUCCCUCUGAGUGGCGUCUUUUGCGUUGAGUUACUCAACAGUCUCAUUGCGACGGUUCCAAGCGCAGAUCGUAAGGCAUGGCGCCGCUUUGUGGAUUGUUUAACGAACACUCUUCUCGAAGGACUUGAAGUUGGCCCUCGGACGGCCAUACCGCUUGCCUUGCGGCUACAACUUCAUGCGAGUUGGUGGCUUCCAGAUUUACUUGCGACAGUCGAUGUCACGCGUGAGCGACUGCUCUGCCUCGAAUUUCAGCAAAGAGUGCAAAGAAAAAGUGCAACCGAAGAAUGGGAUUCCAGUGCAUGUGCCAUUCUGCGCGCCCUUCACGAAGAAGACCACUGCGACAGAAGCACCAACCCAGUUCAGUUGUCGCAUGAUGAUGAUAGUACGAUGAGGUACACACACGGUAACACUACAAAGGGGGGUCCGACAGUUGCAGACCCUCCGCAUGGUAUUCAGCCUAUUUUGGUGAAGCGAUUUGUAAGGUGGGAAUGGCUCCUGAACGGUCUGUGGCAAUUGGCCCAUGAAACCGAGCAUGAAAUGCGUUACAGCCUCUGGCAAAACCUUAUUGAGGUUUGCACAAGCACGCUGAGCCACUGCAGGUCGUUUCACCGACACGACAUUGCAAGAGAUCUUGUGGAAACACUCCUUCUUCCAGCAGGACCCUUUUUGGGGUUGGGUGCACCAUAUUCGUGUGGAAUUCGCAUCGGCAGUGGCAGUGACAUAACUAUCACGAGCAGCAGCCUCAUUGUAUUGCUCAUUGCUUAUCCAACUAAAAACCUGACGGGAAUCACCACUGUGUUAAAGUUGCAAUGGAAUUUUAUGGAUGAAGUUUCCCGAUGGCUUCCCACCUUGAAUGCAUGGGGAACUAUGCGAGAGCUGCAGGAGCUGUUUCCACCUGGUCCUCAUGGCAACAGUCGAGAGGUUUUAUUGCUGAAGCAUCUUAUCGAUGAUGCUUCUUUAGGGUUAAGUAAAAACAAAACACUGAAUGCGAAUGGGCGGCGGCGAGUGCGAGAGCUUUUUAAUUGGUACGAGGAAUUGUGCCGCAAUGACAUUUCGCUCCGAACGCCGCAACUGCUUGUUCCGCUUGCUCGCGCCCUUCGGCGAGCCGACUUAGUUGACUGUCUAAGCCUACUGUUGGAGAAUGUAUUCGCCGAUCUUCAGAAGGGUUUUCAAGGGCCGCGACAGUCAUCAACAUCGCGGAUGGUGGAAGAACGGCUGCUCUUUCUACACGCCUAUCACAGCGCAGCUGUUGCACAGAUGACUAACAGGGACGGUGCAGAUGUCGGUGUGGAACUCACUCGCGGUGCCCACGGGACUGGAGUUGGGAUAGUGGCGGCUCUUGCAGAAACCUACAUCUUCUCCCUCUGGGAACACGGCCAUCUCUUCGAAUUGGGGUCAAUGCUCCUGAAGCCGCCGUUAACAUCAUUGUCUGCAUCGCCAUAUCAAUUUCCUCAAGCAGUGAAGGACAUGAAUUCGUUCUAUGUGUCAGCUGAGGUGGUGUUUCUCUUACCACUGGCCGAGCGUGAGGCAAUGCGAUUGUUUCUUCUUAUGUUUCUCGCACAACGGUGCAGUAACUCCUCCUACUUGAUAGCGCUACAACAACUUCCACGGUUUAGGGCAGAUACUGCACGAGUUGUUUCUAGCGUGGAGCAUCUCGUGGCACGGGAGAAACAUAUUUUCGCUCCUUUUGCCAACGAGGCGCAACAAGUGGCGAAGGGAAGUCUGGAACUACGAGACGCAUGCGCAGCUAUUGUCUCAGGACGCGUGGGAGGUGGGACUAAUAACCACACGACCACUACAGACGAUGGGAUCAAGAUGGGAGUACGUACUGUGAGGGACUUGAACCGCUGUAUUGAUCGUGGCGAUUGGGUGGCGUCGCUGCGGGCUGUUCCUCACGUCCUCUCGGUGCCACUUCACAGGGCCCGAAAAGCGUUGCUGGCGUGCGAAAGAGCUCCAAAAGGAACACCUUGGGAAGGUGCAAUGAGCAUCAUUGCAAAUGCAAGGCGUACAUGGCAGUGCCAAGAGCGACAAGAAUUUGGUGAGCUUCCUCACUUUUGCGCCGAUGUGGGGCUUCCAGAGUGUGGGCGAGCUAUGACACUGCUCGCAGAUGCAAAGCGCUGGCGUGAGGCGCUUCGGCUGUUUGAGUCGCUCGGCUCCCACGGGGUGGAUGGCUACAUCUUCACUCAGACCUGCUUCGCCUUGCGCACUGGCGGACGUCCAGAGUUGGCGGUGGACCUGUGGGCCAUGUGGCGUGCAGCUGUUGGGGAUGCAGUGAUGCCAACGGCACAGAUGUGCGGGCAGUUUCUGCGUUGUGGUGUCGUGGGCAAGACAAUAGUGGCGGACGCAGCGUGUUCGAUGCUGAAGGAGGCAGCUGCCCAAGCACCCAGAGCAGGUGUAGAAGGUCCAUCUCUGCCUGAACUAGAAAAGACGCCUGGUACAACGCUGCCGCUGUUGUUUGAAAAGGAGGAGGAAGCCAUCACGGUACUGCUACGCGAUCGUUGGCACGAAAGUUGGCAGAAGGCACUGCAGGUCGCACUUGUAAGUGGUCGAUCACGUAUUAUUCAGGAAGUAGCUCGAGAUUCUCCGAGCAAUCAUCGCCUCUAUGAAGCUGUGAUGCAGCAUGCCACGCGGGUGCGCCGUAAUCUCUCUUCCGAGGAGCGGAAAGCUAUUGUAGGGCACUUAGACGUCAGGGAGGCUUUGGCCACUGAGGACGGGUCUGCGCGUGCCAGGGAUGACCGUGCGGCCCGCGUGCUGCAAGAACUACUGGGCGGCGGCGGCGAGAAUUAG